CUGCACUGAAGCAGCCUUGCUUGAAGCAAGCUUCCUUUGGCCUCAGAAUUUGAAGGAGCCAAGACCGCCACGCUGGAGACUGAUAUGGACAGCCUUCUGAUGAAGCAAAAGAAGUUCCUUUAUCACUUCAAAAAUGUCCGCUGGGCUAAAGGCCGGCACGAGACCUACCUGUGCUACGUAGUAAAGAGGAGGGACAGCGCCACUUCUUUUUCGCUGGACUUUGGCCACCUCCGCAACAAGUCGGGGUGCCACGUGGAAUUGCUAUUCCUACGUUACAUCUCCGACUGGGACCUGGACCCUGGCCGGUGUUACCGCGUCACCUGGUUCACCUCCUGGAGCCCCUGCUACGACUGCGCCCGGCACGUGGCCGAGUUUCUGAGGUGGAACCCCAACCUCAGCCUGAGGAUCUUCACCGCGCGCCUCUACUUCUGCGAGGACCGCAAGGCGGAGCCCGAGGGGCUGCGGAGGCUGCACCGCGCCGGGGUCCAGAUCGGAAUCAUGACCUUCAAAGACUAUUUCUACUGCUGGAACACCUUUGUGGAGAAUCACGAAAGAAGAUUUAAAGCCUGGGAAGGGCUGCAUGAAAAUUCCGUCCGGCUUACUCGACAGCUUCGGCGCAUCCUUUUGCCCCUGUAUGAAGUCGAUGACCUGCGAGAUGCAUUCCGUGUUCUGGGACUUUGAUGGCAGCCUCCCGGGGCGCCACGUGAUGGAAUUCCUCUGCUGAAGAGAGCGGGUGGGAAACCAUCCUCCGAGCUGCCUGUUUUUCUUCUUAAGCACCCACGUUCGUGGAGCGUAGGCGUGAAACUGUCUAUGACUUUUUAAAAACCCUUGAGAGCCGCAGCGUGGCCUAGGACAUCCAGCGAGGUGAGGCGACGGGUAGUUCCGAUUGCAACAUCGCCAUCUACCGGGGAACGGCCGAACGUCAGGACGUUGGACCACAGUUAAGAGAUGCCCUCUCUGCCUCUCUGACUUCUCCGCAGGGUGGAAACCGAAGGCAUAUACGCUUAGAACGGCGCGUGGAGACGAUCACGCGGUUUGUUACACCCACCCACACAGUCUUUUCUGUUAUCAUUCACUUGAAUUGUGAAGGGCAUCAGUGACAGAUCUUUCUACUCUUUUCCUUUGAGGCUCACUUACAAGGAACCUCCUCUGACGAGGCCAUGGAUUGUGGGCUGUCCUGAUGAGGGAGUCUGAGUGAUACAUAGCAAACCAUUCUCUCGACAGCAUUAACAGGCAGGCACGUGCUGUAUGUUUUCACUGUCUGUCGUGUUUUUCACAUUUGUGUUCGAGAGGGCUUGGGGUGGGACUGGGAAUACACAUGAUCACCUCUGGGUCAUUUUAAUAAAGGUCUCAAACGCAGAUGAGGAUUAUGAAGAAAUCACGGUGAAAACGAGUUAAUGCCCUCAGGGAGCAAAUCCUCUGGGAACACAGCCUCUUUUUAUUUUUUUUUAAAUGUAAUUAGUUUAUUUACAAUCUUAUCUAGUAUAAGAGUUCAAGAGUUUAAUCCAGUUUUCAGAUCAGGUCUCUUAAACAUUUGUCAUUCAGUUAAAGGGAUCAGUUAAACAUCCUCAUUUUUUAAGUAGUUGGUGCCUUUGCUAUAAAGAAAGGAGCAGAAAAUCCACGUCCAAAUCACACAGUCAUCAUAGCCUGUUUCCUACUGAAAAAUGGACCAUUCUUCCCCGGGCUCAGACGGACCACAGAGGUGGUGAACCUUGAGAGACUCUGGCCCAACGUGGCUCUUUGGAAAGUUCUGUAAGGGGCACAGAGAUCGAAGACGGCAGAAAUGGCCACACGACCCUGGUCUCCUUUCCUCACGGCCUUGGGAACUGACCCUUGAAGGAGCCUGUGGUUUAGAACCACCACCAACGUCUACCAAUGGACACCUUGGCGUUGCUUGAGUAUGGAGAAGUAAUUUAUUUUCUUUGAUGGUGGCAAAAGAUGUUAAACAAAAUUCUCUAGUUUUUAUAUGUGUGGGAUGCUGCUCCCCCAAAUGGUGAACUGUAUGAGAGGGUGACAAAAUAGAAUCAUACCUGAUGCCAGGCAAGGCGGCACUCAUCCGUAGUUCCAGCAUCCGGGAGGCUGAGGCAGGAGGAUUGAACGUUUGAGACCCUGCUUCAAAUAGUGUGGCAGAGGUGGCUGGGAGGCUGUGGGGGUAAACAAUGGUUAACAAGGAAAAGAAUGAAAGCCCACGGCAAGGAAAUUAUGCUUUACCCAACCAAAUGGAGGGAGCCGGCAUAGACUCCCUGUUUGUCCCUCUUUAAGCCUUGUCUCCCUAAACAACUCCGGUGAUGAGAAAAAAUAUUCAGAAUAAACAGCCCUUGUAGUUAUUUUCUUGUUACCCUCAUAACACAAUUCAAAGACCCACGGGAAAUUCUAAACACACAACUGUAUUUACUGUAUGGAAGUUGCUGCAG